CUUUCAGAAUAAGAACAAAGGACAUGGCAACAGGAAACCAUUCCACAGUGACUGAGUUCAUCCUGGCUGGACUUUCAGAGCAGCCAGAGCUCCAGCUGCCUCUCUUCUUCCUCUUCCUAGGAAUCUAUGUGCUCACAUUAUUGGGGAACCUUGGUAUGGUCAUGCUGAUUGGGCUCAGCUCUAACCUACAUACUCCCAUGUACUAUCUCCUGAGCAGUCUGUCUAUGAUUGACCUGUGUCAUUCCACUGUGAUCAACCCCAAAAUGCUGGUGAACUUUGUGACAGAGAAGAACAUCAUCUCCUACCCUGGAUGCAUGACUCAGCUCUACUUCUUCCUCAUUUUUGCCAUUGCAGAAUGUUACAUGCUGGCUGCAAUGGCCUAUGACCGCUAUGUGGCCAUCUGUAGCCCACUGCUUUAUCAUGUCAUCAUGUCCUCUCAGACCUGCCUUUCCCUGAUUUUAGGGGUCUAUAUUAUAGGUGUAGUUUGUGCAUCAGCUCAUACUGGCUGUAUGAUUAUGGUCCAGUUCUGCAAAUUUGAUGUGAUCAACCAUUAUUUCUGUGAUCUUCUUCCACUCCUAAAGCUCUCUUGCUCAAGUACGUAUGUCAAUGAAGUGCUGAUUCUAUUUUUUGGUACAGUUAACGUCUUUGUCCCAAUUGUGAUUAUUAUCAGCUCCUACAUCUUCAUCAUCGCCAGCAUCCUGAGCAUUCGCUCCACUGAGAGCAGAGCCAAAGCCUUCGGCACCUGCAGCUCCCACAUCUCAGCUGUUGCUCUCUUCUUUGGAUCUCUAGCAUUCAUGUACCUGCAGCCAUCGUCAGUCAGCUCCAUGGACCAAGGGAAAGUGUCCUCUGUGUUUUAUACAACUGUUGUGCCCAUGCUGAACCCCCUGAUCUAUAGUCUGAGGAAUAAAGAUGUCAAAGUUGCCAUGAAGAAAAUGCUAGUCAGAAAAACAUUUCUGUGA